AUGGUUGCCCUGAUCGUGGGUGUCACUGGCAUGGCAGGAUUCAGCUUGGCAGAAGCUCUGAAGAAGCCAACAACUCCAGGCCGGCCAUGGAAAGUAUAUGGCAUAGCAAGGCGUCCCUUGCCAAGUUGGUUUCCCUCUUCCUUGAUCGACCGUUUCAUAUCUCUCGAUGCCUUAGACCAUGCCGAUACAGCAAGCAAGCUCUCCCCUGUAGCCCAUGAGAUCACUCACGUCUUCUGGGUUACCUUACAACUUCGCGAAAGCGAAGAAGUAAACGUCUCCCUGAACUCCACCAUGCUCGUCAACGUGCUUAAUGCACUCAAAUCAGCUACUCCUUCAAGGCUCAAACAUGUUACUCUGCAAACAGGCACGAAACAGUACAUGGGUCCAAUAUUUGAUCCUUCACUUACAGGCAAGCUUGUCCAUCACGAGCCACCUUUCAAAGAAGACCUAGACAGACUCCCCUACCCCAAUUUCUAUUACGCCUUGGAGGACUUGCUUGCAUCAUACUUACCUUCCAUUACGCACUCAGUCCAUCGCUCAUCGUUAAUAACAGGCGCAUCUUCAAGAAGUGUUCACAACUUAUUGACUACUUUAUCGGUCUAUGCCACCAUUUGCCGAUACCAAGGGUUGCCGUUUCGAUACCCUGGGAGCAAAUACACAUGGGAGCACUUCUGUGACAUGUCUGAUGCAAGAGUGCUAGCUGAGCAACAUAUAUGGGCAGCGGUGACUGAUGGAGCCAAGAAUCAAGCCUUCAAUUGCACCAAUGGUGAUGUGUUUACAUGGAAGAGUUUAUGGAAAGUCUUGUGUGAGGUCUUCGAUGUUGAAUUUGUAGCCUUUGACGAAGAUGAGGAGUUCGAUUUGGUUAAGACGAUGAAGGACAAGGGCAAGGUGUGGGAUGAGAUUGUUCAGAAAUAUGGGCUAUUGGAGACUAAGAUGGAGGAUCUUGCUUGUUUCGAAGCACUUAACGUGAUUUUGCAUUUCGGGUUUCAACAUGUCUGUAGCAUGAACAAGAGUAGAGAAUUCGGGUUUCUUGGGCACGCUGAUACACUCAAGAGUAUCCCCAUGUGGAUGGGGAGAUUGAGGGAGAUGAAGAUCAUACCAUGA